CGGGCUACAGAAGGUUGGCCCGACUUCCCCCAGCAAAGAGACGGCGCGCAGGAAAGUAGUGAGAUCGAAACAUCCUGUUAAAUAGGACUAACUUAAAACAAAUGCAAUAUACGGAAUGUCAGUAUUGUUUUGUCGGUGAAAAUCAACAUAAGAGCACAUAGCAAGCUAUUUGGCUGAAAUAUUGUGCUUGCUAUAGCAAGCUUGCAAACACUUGAGAGUAUUCAAAUUAAGGAGCGCGUCGACGUCGGCCUGGUCAAUUUGGCUAGCCAGCUAGCUUACAGAGCUAGACCUAUCUUGAAGUUAUCGACUGCAGGACAAGCAAUAUAAGAGGAAUGAGUGAUGACCUCUGUUGUGGUGGCAGACGGUGGAGGGAAUAUGGUGGAGUACGUCACUGUCAUGGAAGAGACUGAGCAGAGUCAGGAGAACCUCGGUGAGGAGGGGGAGGUGGUGCAGGAGAUAGUGGAGACUGUAAUAGGGGAGGAUGGGGAGGAGUAUCCUGCUGUGGUGGUGGAAGAGGUGCCCAGUGCCCAGUUGGAGCAGUGCUACGCUGCCCAGGUGUUGGUCUACGAUGACGGGACCUAUCUGAUGCAGGACGUGGGAGACGAGCAGGAGGUGGUCACCGAGGUAGUGGAGACAGUAGAGGUGUCGUCACACGGGGGCAUGGUGUGCUUUGAUAAGACCUUCGAGGCGGCCGAGGCCCUUCUUCACAUGGACUCCCCCAGCAGUUUCCAUGGAGACCGCAACAACACAGUGGAGGACGUGAUGAUGGAGACGGUGGUGGAGGUGUCUACAGAGUGUGAGCCCAUAGAAGAGGACAGCUUCCCUAUACCCCCCGACUAUGAGCCUCCGUCUGCCAAGAAGAAGAAAGGGGGACGGAAACCGAAGACGCAACAGCCUCAGCCUGACACCAACGGCAACAUUGACCUGGGGAUCAGGCAGAGACCCAGAGAGGGAAAAGGGAGCACCACCUACCUAUGGGAGUUCCUGUUGGAUCUCCUCCAGGAUAAGAACACCUGUCCCAGGUACAUCAAGUGGAUGCAGCGUGACAAGGGCAUCUUCAAGCUGGUCGACUCCAAGGCCGUGUCCAAGCUGUGGGGCAAACACAAGAACAAACCUGACAUGAACUAUGAAACCAUGGGCAGGGCACUCAGGUAUUACUACCAGAGGGGGAUCCUAGCCAAGGUGGCAGGCCAGAGGCUAGCCUACCAGUUUAAAGACAUGCCCAAGAACAUCAGGGUGAUCGACGAUGACAGGGAGGAGGAGGGAGAGGAGGGGGAACCCUCUGAGCACCACCAGACACUGAUUAUUGACCCUGCCACCUCCACCCAGACACAGCAGAGCUACGUGACUGUCAUACCCACCUCGUCCGGCAACAGGACCAUGCGUUUGGCCAUGCCCAUGGUCAUGACGACGACACUGGGUCAGAUGACCCUCAACUCCUCCACCGUCUUCACCACCCAGGCUCCCAUCACCCUGGGCAACGCCCACGCUGGCGGGCCCAAGCUGGUGAUCCAGACCCUGCCCGCCAUGAUGCCCGCCGGGGCCAAGAGCGGAGAGAAGAUCACCAUCAUCACCAUCCCGGCGGCCCAGCUAGCACAGCUAACGCAGGGCAACCUUUCAGCCCAGCUCUCAGGCCAGCUAGCUCAGCUCAUACAGGCUAAACCAGUCACCCAGCUGGUGCAGGCUAAACCAGUCACCCAGCUGGUGCAGGCUAAACCAGUCACCCAGCUGGUGCAGGCUAAACCAGUCACCCAGCUGGUGCAGGCUAAACCAGUCACCCAGCUGGUGCAGGCUAAACCAGCCCCUCCACUCAUACUGGCAAAGCCUGUGACUGUGACCCAGCAGCCACCUGCCGCCUCCCCUGUAGGUAAACCACAGCUCCCUCCCUCCACCACCGUCACAAUCCCUGUACCUACCCCUUCUACACACCCUGAAAAAGAAGCCAUCUCACCCCACACAGCCCUUCCAGAGUCCACCCCUUCAGUGAGCACGGAGCUCCCCAGGUCUAGCCUGGGAGACCCCUCUGACUCGGAGUCGGCACAGAACCCAGUGGACCCCGAAUCUUGAACUCGAGGCCAAGGGGCCUGACAGCUACUGACUCCAUAUUGACCCUGUGUUUUGAAGUGGAGUCUUCCCUUCCCAUCCUCCAAUCACUGGGCAGUGGAGCUGUAGGACCAUACAGAGGAGGAGAGCUCUGAACCUCAGCUAUGGAGCUCCUAGUUACCAGGGAGCUAGUCUUCAAACUGGAGCUGCAGUGCCAUCCCUCCCUCCACAUCAGAAAACCAGGAAAAGAGAUGAGGAUAAAGGGACUUUGUAUACAUAAUACAUAGCUACACUCUCCUACGUAUUGAUUUGGACGGACAGUGACCGUACAGAAUGUCACCUUUAUUAUUUGAGGGUAUUUUCAUGCAUAUCUUUUUCACCGUUUUGAAAUAAUCACUUUAUGUAUCUAGUCCCCCAACUUGAAGGUGUUAUACAUAUUUGGUCAAAUUCAGUAGUGUGUGUAUUAAAGUAGUCAAAAGUUUAGUAUUUGGUCCCAUAUUCCUAGCACGCAGUGACGUCAAGCUUGUGAUUCUGCAUUUGCACUUUGCUUUGGCUGUGUUUCAGAAUGUUAUGUCCAAUAGACAUUAAUAGUAAAUAAUGUGUUGUCAUUUUUAAUUUAAAUAUUACAGAAUGUUUCUGAACACAUACCUUAAUCUGGAUGCUACCAAGAUAACGGAUAAUCGUGAAUAAGUGAGAGAGUGUGAGUUAGAGGCAUAAAUAUCAUACCCCCCAAAAAGUGAUGGUGAGAUGUUAGCCUUUCUUGGGGGUCUGAUCUUUGUGCCUCUAACUUAUCAUUAUUCACAGUUCAUUCAAGAUUAUCAGUAAUUAUGGUAGCAUCCACAUUUAAUGUAGAAGUGUUCAGAAACAUAUUCAAUUUGUAUUUUUUUUGUGACUCCAGAAUGACACAUUGUUGUGCCAAACAGAAAUGGUAAAUAAUCUGAAACACAGCCAAAACAAACUGCAAAUGCAUCCAACAAGUUUGUAGAGUCACAAGUUGAUGUCGUCACUGCAUGCCAGGAAUAUGUAACCAAAUACUAAACUUGUGUAUAUUAAAUACUUAUGAUACCUUCAAAUGGACUGUUUUCAUUUAACGGUAAAACAGAUGUAGGAAAAUACCCUCAAAACAGGUGACAUUCUGAACGGUCCCCUCAUAUGAAACAUUUAAUCUCAAAUUUUAAAUGCUGGAGUAUAGAGCCAAAUUAAAAGUUUUAGCUUCACUGUCCAGAUAAAUAUGUAGGGGAGUGUACAUGCUUUAGAAGCUCUUUGGAUCUCAAACGAUGGGCAAGCCUUAGAUUGUACAUUGAACAUGCUUCUUUUAAUCAAAAACAUAAUAUAAAGGAAGCCUGAAAGAUUUGUGUAAACUUUUUGAUACUCUUCAGCAGGUUACGUACGAUGUAUUCUAAGUUCAAUGCAAGUGUAGUUAUUUUGUCUCGUAGUUGAAAUCUUUGGGUUUUCCUCUGACUGGUUGGUUCCCAUCAUCUGGCUAUGGAAAGUAGUCUAGUCCUCCACAGCACUGUCCUUCCACACUCAAUGUUUUUUUUGUGUUAUUAUAUAUAUUUUUUACUGUUCAGAAAAGGGAGCGAAAGGAUGUUUGUGUUAAGAAAA